AGAAAAAUGGAGUGUAUUGAAGAGUCGGAGCCCUAUCCUUAGAAGUUACUAGAAGGGGUGCCUUUACCUCCGAAACAGAACAUAAAGAACUAUAAUAAGAACUGGGAAUCUCUAGAACGAUUGGUUUCGAUUUUCGAAUUAAUUCAUUUACGCACUUUGAAGCUUACCUUUCUCUGCGACAUCCGUGUUGAGAUUUGAGAGUCCGGCCAUGGACGCCGCAAAGCUUAAUCAGUUGAAGCUGUUCAUCGAGCAGUGCAAGGCCAAUCCAUCCAUUCUCAGCGAUCCGUCUCUCUCCUUCUUCAAAGAUUACCUCCAAAGUCUGGGCGCCAAGCUUCCGCCCUCAGCUUACACUCAUGAGGAUUCCGCUAGAAGUAGCAAACCGUAUGUGGUGGAUGAGAGUGACGACGACAUGGCGGACCUCGAAGAGGAGCCUCGCCCGGCUGAUGAAGGAUAUUUGAGUGACAUAAUCGAGUCUGAUAUCGAGCUCGAAGGGGACACUGUAGAGCCUGACAAUGAUCCUCCCCAAAAGAUGGGAGACAGCUCUGUGGAGGUUACCGAGGAGAGUCGUGAUGCAUCGCAGGCAGCAAAGGCACAGGCCAUGGAAGCAAUUUCAGAAGGUAAGCUGGAGGAAGCUAUUGACCAUCUGACGGAGGCAAUUUUGCUCAAUCCUACAUCUGCUAUUAUGUAUGGCAACAGAGCUAGCGUGUACAUCAAAAUGAAGAAACCCAAUGCUGCUAUUCGGGAUGCCAGCGCAGCUCUAGAGAUUAACCCAGAUUCUGCUAAAGGUUACAAAUCUCGUGGUAUGGCCCAUGCAAUGCUAGGCCAAUGGGAAGAGGCUGCAAAGGAUCUUCACUUGGCAUCAAAGUUAGAUUAUGAUGAGGAAAUAAAUGCGGUACUUAAGAAGGUUGAACCCAAUGCCCAUAGGAUUGAGGAACAUCGGAGGAAGUAUGAAAGGUUGCGCAAAGAAAGAGAGGAUAGAAAGAUUGAGCGUGAGAAGCAACGUCGUCGGGCUGAAGCUCAGGCUGCAUAUGAGAAGGCUAAGAAGCAAGAGCAGUCAUCUUCAAGUAAGAAACCUGGAGGACCCAGUGGCUUUGGUGGAAUGCCUGGAGGCUUUCCUGGGGGUAUGCCUGGAGGCUUUCCUGGGGGCAUGCCUGGAGGUAUGCCUGGAGGCAUGCCUGGAGGUAUGCCUGGAGGCAUGCCUGGAGGUAUGCCUGAAGGUAUGCCUGGAGGUUUUCCAGGUAGCAUGCCAGGAGGGAUGCCGGGAAAUGUUGAUUUCAGCAAAAUAUUAAAUGACCCGGAAUUGAUGGCAGCUUUUAAAGAUCCAGAAGUCAUGGCUGCACUUCAAGAUGUGAUGAAGAACCCUGCAAAUCUGGCAAAGCAUCAAGCGAAUCCAAAGGUGGCUCCCAUAAUUGCAAAGAUGAUGAGCAAAUUUGGAGGACCUAAGUGAACAAUUUUGAUUUAGUUGCUGUGGGUGUUCUUUGUAAGCAAGUCCAUGCACGAUUGAUGUGUGUAGCUUGUUCUGCUUUUCAUAGUUGUCAACUUGUCAUGAACCCAUAUGAUUGCCUACACGCUUAACUUUGAAAUAGACCCAACAAAAGGUUUUUCUUCAGGAUUUUUAAAGAAUGGAAAUUUCUGGGUUUUUAGGCCUGCA